AUGUCUACUGCAAACGAAAAUAACAAUCAAAUUAUCAAAGAUCCUCAAGAACAAAUAGUAAAUCCUUGGAAUGUUCGUGGAGCAAUCAUUGAGGGAGAACCGCAAGCAAUUAAUUAUGACAAAUUGAUCGAACAAUUUGGUACAAAAUCAAUCGAAAAAGAUCUCUUGGAAAGAUUUGAAACUUUAACGGGAAAAAAAUGUCAUGUGUUUUUAAGAAGAGGAGUAUUCUUUUCGCAUAGAUGGCUACAAGAAGUUUUUGAUGUACCACUUGUCAUUCAAUUGACCGAUGAUGAAAAAUUUCUUUUUAGAGCAGACCUUACACUAGAAGAUGCUAAUAAAUACGCAUAUGAAAAUGCAAAAGAUAUUGUUGCUUGUGGAUUUAAACUUGAAAAAACUUAUAUUUUCUCGAAUCUUGACUCUAUUAGCGGUCCGUUUUAUCGUAACAUUGUAAGAAUAGCAAAGUGUAUCACAACCAGUCAAUUGAAAUCUACUUUUGGCUUCAAUGAUAGCGAUAAUAUUGGAAAACUUCAUUUUGCCGCGAUUCAAUCUGCACCUUCGUUUUCUAAUACUUUUCCUCAAAUAUUUGGUACCGAUAGUGAUAUUCCUUGUUUGAUUCCCUGUGCUAUUGAUCAGGGUUCUCAAACAAAAAUGAGUGCUUCUGUUGAUAAUUCUGCAAUUUUUAUGACUGAUACUCGAGACAAAAUCCAGACAAAGAUUAAUAAAUAUGCCUUUUCUGGUGGUGGUGAUACUUUAGAGCUUCAUAAACUUCAUGGCGGUAAUCCUGAUAUAGACGUGGCGUAUCAAUAUUUGCGCGUGUUCUUGAACAAUGAUGAAGAAUUGGAUAAUCUAUAUAAAACUUAUAAAUCUGGUGAAUUGAUGACUAAUGAAUUGAAGGCUGUGUGUAUUAAAGUAAUACAAGAAUUUGUUGGCGAUUUUCAAAAGCGUAAAUCAGAAAUUAGUGACGAACUAUAUCGUUUGACAAUUUAUCGUGAACUUUGGCCAGGACUUGCAUGUGAAGUUUUUGGAGCGUUUAUAUUCUUAUUUAUGCUUUUGAAUAUUCUAUUGGUAGUCGCGGUUUCAAUAAACACUUAUAUAAGAAUAUGUUUAAAGAAAAAUCCAAGUUUAGGAAGAUAUGAUUGGAAAUUAUUAUUAACAGUAUUGAUAAUAAGUCUAGCUAUUGCAGCCACAGGUAUUAAGAAGGUUGGUCCUGACACAUUUUGGUGUUCGUCUAGACCUAUUAAAGGUGGUAAUGCAAUUUCUACAACCAUCAUCUUGGUAGUAGCCUUACUCACAUCAUCAUUUUGCUAUGGAUGCAUAAUUUAUAAAAUUAAUAGUAUAGAUCAAAAAUUAUUAAAUGGUCAAAGACAAAUAACAAUACGUGCGCAUGUAUCUAAAAAAAUAGCUGGCUAUAUUUUAAUUUUUAUUCUUCAUCCAACAGACACGGUUGGUGAAUUAAAGAAAUUAAUUUCAGCCCAAACUGGCACUGAUCCUUCAAGAAUUAUUUUAAAAAAAUGGUAUACAACUUUUAAAAAUCAUAUCACAUUGGAAGAUUAUGAAAUUAAUGAUGGAAUGAAUCUUGAAUUGUAUUAUUCAUAA